CUGUACUGCUACGAAUGCCUCUCGUUUGCUGGGCGUCUUCGAUAAGCUUCUCAAUUCAUGAUACGUACAGCGAUGAAUUGAUAUCGAGUUCGUUAUCAUCGUAGAAGCGUAAAUCAAGUGCCUAUAUCUACGCAACGCGCUUCUUGUAUGACCAAGUAAUUGAGCAUACAGUACGCGUAUCAACCCUUUGCCUCUUGCUUUCAUGGCUGAGUCGAGUGGUGUCGCAGCGACGGCCUCGAUGAUGCUCCACGGGCGCGUGGCCAUUGUCACUGGCGGCGCCGGCGGCAUCGGCUCGGUCGUGUGCAAGCACCUGGCGUCCCUCGGCGCGCGCGUCGCGGUGGCGUACAUCGGCGACCCGGCGCCGGCGCUGGAGCUGGUGAGCGGCAUCAACGGCUCCAAGCACGCCGGGGCCGGGGAUCAGAGCCAGCAGGCGCCGCGGGCCAUCGCGGUGGAGGCGGACGUGUCGGACGCGACGCAGGUGCGGGCGCUGUUCGACGCGGCGGCCGCUGCGUUCGGCGGGGAGCUCCACAUCCUGGUGACGUGCGCAGCGGUGCUGGACUACUCGUACCCGCCGCUGGCGGAGACCAGCGAGGCGACGUACGACGCCGCGUUCGGCAUCAACGCGCGGGGCACCUUCCUGUGUUGCCGCGAGGCGGCACGCCGGCUGGCCCGCGACGGUCGCGGCCGAAUCGUGACGUUCUCGUCGUCGGGCGUGGCGUCGCUGCGCCCCGGAUACGCGGCGUACGCGGCGAGCAAGGCGGCCGUGGAGGUGAUGACCAAGAUCCUGGCACGCGAGCUGCGCGGCACGGGGAUCACGGCCAACGCGGUGGCGCCGGGGUCCACUGGCACGCCCAUGAUGUACACCGGCAAGACGGAGGAAGACAUAAAGCUGUACAUUGCCGAGGCGCCGCUCGGCCGGCUCGGCAUGCCCGAGGACAUCGCGCCGCUCGUCGGCUUCCUCGCCAGCGACGCUGGCCACUGGGUCAAUGCCCAGGUUCUGCGCUGCAACGGCGGCACCAUCUAGCUAGCUUCAGCCUAGUGAGGCGCUGCACCUUUGUACCGAAUUUAGCAUCCGCGCGUUUAUGAUUUGCUACCCUUUUUGCGUUAAUUACUAUGCGCUUUCCGGGCACCAUGUCACCUUGAAAACCUCGGAACAGUGCAUUAUUGUAUUAUGAUUACAAGCAGAUUGGUUGGUGUAAUGUUUUUGGACAGUGCUUCUGAAUGAUAUGUUGUUCAUUUCA